UUGAGUUUUGUUUGUGUGUGUUCUCUUUCUUUGAAUCAUAUACAUUUUCUCCCCUCUUGUCUUCCCCCAGUCUUCACGUUCACUUCGCAAUAUCAUUUACAUUACCAUUUUCUCAAAGAUGGGUAAAGAUAUGGAAGAUGUUGAAAAACGGGUCGAGUGGCUCCAUUCAGAAAACUAUUCUGCUGCUGGUGAUAUCUUUGGAGAACCACUGAAGACUUCUCGAAUUGGAGAUAAAUACCAGGCACAAAUCCCAUCUUUGAUGACUGAAAAUGAGCGUUUGCAACUCAUUUGUUUCCCAUUUGGGCAGCAUGACAAGACUGAUGUUCAAAACCAAUUUGGGUUUGGUCUGCCAAUUCCUGUCACUUGGGUUCAAAAUCAACAUAAAAACAAAGAAAAAUCUGCAAAGGGUAAAUCUGGUAUUUUAGGUUCUGGAACAGGCAGUGAUCUGUUCCCGGUUCCUUGUUCAUUGGGUGAAGAAUCUUGGAGUGAAAUUGAACAUAAAAGCUUUCUUCUUGGUUUAUAUAUCUUUGGCAAAAAAUUCUGUCUAGUGAACAGAUUCAUGGGGAAUAAAGGAAUGCAAAAUGUGAUAUCUUAUUACUAUGGAAAGUUUUACAGAAGUGAUGAACAUCAAAAGUGGUCAAUGUAUCUGAAGAAGAGGGGCAGAAAGUCCACACCAGGAAAAAACAUGUUCAAGGGGUGGAGGCGACAGGAGCUUCUGUCUCGCUUACUUCCUCAUGUGACAGAUGAAUGCAAAACUCAUUUGACUGAGGUCAGUAGUGCAUUCGACGAAGGAGAAGUUUCAUUUGAGAAGUAUAUAAUUACUUUGAGGGAUGCAUUGGGAAUCCAUCUUCUUGUAGAAGCCGUAGGCAUCGGCAGAGAAAAGCAAGACCUUACUAUCAAGGUCAAGAAACGAGUGAGAAACAAUAAACAAGCGAAAAUCAAGAAGCUUGAUUCUACAUGUACGUCUCUUGAAACAGACGAACUUGUCAAUAUGUUGAAGGAUCGUAUCGGGUUAAGCAAAUCAAAGUUAAAUGAGCUUUUCUGGGAAGCUGUGUGGCCUCGUCUUUUAGCAAGAGGAUGGCAUUCUGAACAGCCUAGAAACUAUUCAUUGCAAAACACAAACAACGCUUUGGUGUUUCUUGCACCUGGUGUAGUAAAGUUUUCAAGGAGGAGUCUGGAGAAAGGAAGUCAAUACUUUGACUCGUUUACUGAAGUAUUGAAUAAAGUUGCGUUGGAACCACAUCUUCUCAAAAUCGAAUCUGAUAAGGACGGGUUAGUGGAGCCACAUGCAGAACAAGGCUGGGAUGAUGCACAAGAUAUGAUCAAAUUUACAAUUGUGGAUACCAGUAUUGCUGGGCCACUUAAAGUAAAAAAGAUGGCAAAUUUCCCUGUUACAAAAUUUGUUGAUAUGCAAGCUUCAACUAGCAUUUCAGGGGAAACAGAACAUGACACAACAGAAGAAUCACAAAAUGAAGAUGUGAACCAUAAUAGUGCCGAAAUCAAUGGUGCUUUUGAAUCGGGAGACUGUGAAACUAGUGUUGUGGACAAGGGCAUGCCGGACCAUCUUGAUCCCAUGGUUACAAAAAUUGAAGACGACAAAACAGAUAUAUCCACCAAUGUACAACCGGUAAGGAAACUAAAGCUGAUAUUUAAAACAAAAGCAAAGCCGCCCCAGAUUACUACUACUAGCAAUGAUUACGCAAGUGGUGAAGAUGAAACUAUGGAAGAUCAACGUCCUGAGAAGAAGCAUAAAAGUAUAGUGAUUGACUUGAACAGCCCUCGAGUAGCUCCAGUUUCAGAUUUUGACUACUCAUUAUGCUCUGCUAAAGAGUCGGUUUCCCCUGAAACAACAAGCAAGCAGCCUGAGCUGUGGAAUCAUGGUGCCAAUGGUCAAAGGCAUAGUACAAGAAACCGCCCAUUGACCACAAAAGCAUUGGAAGCUCUUGCAAAUGGAGUAUUGAACCCAAAAAAGAAGAGGAAAGAGUUGGUGGAGCGGACCCAUAGGCGUGUUCGUGCUAAAACUGCACUUGUCUCUAGUUGUGGUGCAAGCUACAUUGAAAACAUGGUAGAUGGAGUCUCCUAGUGACAUAGGUUGACUUUAAGUUCAAUCUGCUUGCUAUCAAAUGGUUUUUUUAGUCUAAAUUUGGAGACAUUAUGAUAGGAUUUUAUAUAUAAGCAUAUAGAGUUUGUUAA